AUGCCACGACCAUCAAGAGAAUCAUACGGUGACCAGAAACCCCCGUAUUCCUACAUAUCUCUCACUGCAAUGGCGAUUUGGAGUAGUCCGGAUAAAAUGUUACCAUUAAGUGAUAUAUAUAAAUUCAUAACCGACAGAUUUCCUUAUUAUCGCAAAAACACACAAAGGUGGCAAAAUAGCUUAAGGCAUAAUUUAAGUUUCAAUGAUUGCUUCAUCAAAGUUCCUAGAAGACCGGAUCGCCCAGGUAAAGGAGCCUAUUGGGCUUUGCAUCCUCAAGCAUUUGAUAUGUUUGAAAAUGGAAGUUUACUUAGACGUCGAAAACGUUUCAAAUUGCACAAAACAGAUAAAGAUGUACUAAACGAAGAACUGGCAGCUUUAGCAAACAUCAAUAGGUUUUUUUUAGCUCAAAAUUCAGGAGAUUUAUGUUCUGAAGCUCCAUCAUCACUAGUUCCGAUGCAUCAACCUACACAAUUUCCUCUUAAGAGAACACCUAGUCCUAAUAUAUAUCAAAGUCCAAGCAGAAAGGACGAAAUAAAAAGAAAUCCUUUUACUAUUGAAAGUAUAAUGAAGUCUGAUGGAAAUACAUCAAAGAUUCUACGAAAAACAGAACUUUUUACAUCACAGAAACCAGGAGACUAUAUCUCACCAUCAAGACCCAUAUUGCCACCAGCUACAAGUAUUCCUAGAGGAAAUAUUCCCCAAUUCAUACAAUAUCCGCAUUCGACAAUAUCAAAUCAUCUACCUUAUGAUUUAACAUUUAAUCCAUUAUUAAUGAUUACCACACCAUUAGGUCCUCUACAACCCUCAUAUUUUCAUCAAAAUCAGUAUUCAAACAUAACAACACUUCAGUCUAUACAACAACAAUUAAACAACAAUGCUUCAUCGAUAGUUAAAUAA